CCAAUCACGCGUCUAACACGAGAUUAUGAUGACGUCAUGUGCUGCUAAUCUGACGCGUCACGGACGCGCGAGUCUAUCCGCAUGGACUUCUGAUCAUGAGUUAUGAUGCGCGUCGUCUUCCUUGAAUACUACUAUUGAACUAUCGGAGAUAAAAGCCGUCAGAUAAAAACCGAUAAAUUGACGAACGAUUUCUUUUUUCUUAUCGAUCUAUUUUAUUGAAUUUGGUUAUUGUGGCGAUGUUUAUAAAACGAUUGCGAAAUCAAGUAAGUAACAAAAGCAACGUAUCUUCAAACGGAUUUAGACUUUUAAGUGAAUUCAGUCCUACUGAAACGUUCACGGAGAAUCUUUUAGCGGACGGUCUUUUAAACACUAGCAAGUUCUGAUUGAAAGCUGUUCCGUCAAAAUGGAGAAAACCAAGUCGACCGAAACUGCGACGAACGGAUACAAGAAAGAAGAUGUCAAGGAUAUACAAAUUCAGGUGCCAUGGGGUUACAUCAGAGGAAAAUGGUGGGGUCCUAGUGAACUCCAACCAAUACUGGCACUACAUGGUCGCCAGGAUAACGCAGGCAGUUUUGAUAUGUUAAUGCCAUUGUUGUCCGAUGAUGUUUCUGUUCUUUGUUUGGAUAUGCCAGGACACGGUUUAUCUUCGCACUAUCCAAAGAGUCAAUUUUAUUAUGUCUAUUGGGAUGGCAUCAUAAUCCUUCGUAGAAUCAUUAAACAUUUCAAAUGGAAUAAGGUGAAACUUCUUGGACAUUCAUUGGGUGGUGCUAUAUCAUUUUUGUAUGCAGCAUCAUAUCCAGAUGAAGUUGAUAUUCUCAUAAGUUUGGACAUCGCUAGCCCAAGCGUUAGAGACGUCAAGAAAAUAGCUACACACACUGGAGAAUAUAUUGACAAGUUUUUGAAGUAUGAAUCAUUAACAUUGGACAAUGUACCAUGCUAUGGAUAUGAAGAGAUGAUCGACAUAGUAGAAAAGGCAUAUGAAGGUGGUAUAACGAACGAAGGAGCAAAAAUAUUGAUGAAACGUGGUAUGCAGCCAGCGUAUCAAAAGAACAAGUAUUAUUUUUCUCGUGAUCCAAGAUUGAAGGUUUCUCUUUUGGGCAUGUUAUCCUUAGAUUUAGUACUUGAAUACGCAUCUCACAUAAAAUGUGCUUAUCUCAAUAUUCGUGCUGUUCCUGGAUUGAAAUUGGAACAGCCUGAAAAUUAUGAAAAAGUAUUAGAUAUCAUAAAACAAGGAGCUAGAAAAUUUGAAUAUCACGAAGUGAAAGGCACGCAUCAUGUGCAUUUGAAUGAUCCUGAAAAGAUUGCGCCUAUAAUAAAGAAUUUUUUGCAGGAUUAAUAGUAAUAGUAUUUAGUUUUUGAUGAAUGUGAUUAUUUAAAAUAAUUAAAAUAAUUUCAUGACAGUGGGUAUUUAAAAUUCUUAUCUAAAACGUAUUAUUUAGGAGGAAAUUGUAUUUACGUUGUGCGCUUGUACUUGUACAUGUUGCACAAUUUUAUUAAUUUUAAUUUUACAGUUUUAUAAUAUAUAUUGUUAAACAAUAUUAAUUUAACAAUAUUAGCAAAUAACAAAUUUUAAACAACACGAACGAAUUUGUAUUCUUUCUUUCGGUCCUAUGAGAAAAUAAGGUGCUUUAGCGUAACAAUUAGUGCUGUGAUAAGCAAAGAUCAAUAUAAAGAUGCAUAUAAAUUUAAAACUUGUAUGUCUUAAAAUAUGAUUAUUAUAUACAUAAAUCAUACUUUUUGUCAAUAUCAGUACAAUAUCUAGUGUUGCUUUGAUGUAAUAAAUUAUUUAAUGUUAA